AUGAACGAUCCUGGUCUCGACGAUGCGAUUGCAGAUGAAGCCCGUGCUCUCGAUCAUAACUCCUCGUCUGUCGAAAAAGAUGAUACUCGCGAGAUAGAUGCCAGUUAUCCACAUGCGGCACGAUGGUGGCUUGCCAGUACAGCGUAUCCAUUAAUCGCGGGCACAUUUGGACCCAUGGCCAGUGCCUUUAGCAUUUGCUCACUAUCGCAACCAUGGCGCAUGGAAAUUUUGUCCGGUGGCGGGCAGCGCGAUGUCGCUGAUCCAUCCUGGGAACUCGCCAUCAAUGCCGUCUCGCUGUGUUUCGCCCUCGUGGCGAACCUGGCCCUCUCCUUGAAUAUGGCCAGACGAAUCCGGUUCAGGAUCGCCCAGCCGAUCAUCAUCGUUGGGUGGUAUAUCUCGUCGUUGCUGCUGCUUGGAGAUCUAAUCGCCUUGGGUGUCUUGAUGUAUCAACCAGAGAAUGCGGGAUACACCUACACGCAAACAUAUUUCUAUGGGACUUUUGCGGCGGGGCUCUAUUUCGUGAUUGCAUCCUUGAUGUCGGUCACGGCGUGGGGCGCUCACAAGGGUCACUACAGCCGAGAGUACAAGCUGACAACAAGUCAGCGCACACUGAUGCUGCAAACGAUUAUAUUUUUCAUCUACCUUCUUGGUGGCUCGGCGGUGUUUUCCCGGAUAGAAGGCUGGAGAUUCAUGGACUCGAUGUACUGGGCUGAUUUCACCUUGCUCACAAUUGGCAUUGGCAACUUUGCUCCGGCAACUCAUCUAGGGCGUGGACUACUCUUCCCUUACGCGGUUGGCGGUAUCGUCAUCCUUGGUCUCAUCAUCUCAUCUAUCCGGACUCUCAUGUUAGAGCAUGGACGGAAGAAGAUUGCCGACCUCAUCACCGCGCACACCCGAAAAGUUCUGUUAAAACAAGCUUAUUCCGAAGAUACGCAAUCUCGACUGGUGCCCAAUUUGCACGUUGGACCAAACGAUGUGACUGAGCUGAGCGAUCGUGAGCGACGGAAGCGCGAGUUCAUCACUAUGCGGCGCGUUCGCCAAGUUGCGACUGUUCAGCACAAAUGGGUGUCUUUGGUCACGUCACUGAUAGUUUGGAUGGCGCUGUGGCUGCUCGGUGCAGUGGUCUUUUGGCGAUCGGAGAUUCACCGUCAAUGGUCCUACUUUGAAGCGCUAUACUUUGCAUACACAACCCUACUGACCAUUGGUUACGGAGACAUCUAUCCAACCAGUAGUCUGGGCAAGGCGUUUUUUGUCUUCUGGUCACUCCUGGCCGUGCCGGCUAUCACGAUCCUCAUCUCCAAUAUCGGCGACACUCUGAUUCGCAUCGUCAAGGACAUCACAUUGUUCAUUGGUGAAAUCACCAUUCUACCCGGCGAUCGACCUUUUUACGAGCGAGUCAAAGAUCUGUUGAGUAUCUCCUGGACCGAAAAGUGGUUACAAGAGACGACAGGCGAAGAAGAGCCCGACUCUCAAGGAUCCCUUGGCGAAUCCGACCAGGACAGCGAGCAAGGCAGCGUAGAAGCCGAAGCCGAAGAACGUAAAAGGGAAGAAUCUGCCCGACGUCGCGGCGAUAUCGUCGCCGAGAAUAUGCACCACUACCACUACCUGCUUUUUCGUGAAAUCCGAAAACUGAUCGACCUUGCCACCACGAACCUUUCCAAGGAAUUCGACUACCUGGAGUGGGAGUACUACCUUGCCCUCAUAUCAGGACAGCACAAACCCCCCGUUGAGUCAUCAGAUAUGGGAGAAGCCAAGGAUGGCGCGAAACGAUUGAAGAAGAUCAAAAAUUGGAGCUGGCUCGAUAAGAAAAGUCCCUUGAUCGGAAGCAAGAGUGAAGUCGUAUGGCUACUGGAUGCAUUGACGGAAGCCCUGGAACGGGAAUUGAAAACUGCAAGUCGGACCUGUCAAUCUGCACAGGACAGUUGUGAUGUGACGGAUGGUGUCUCAGAGAAUGGGAUGGCCGAAGUCGACGAUCAAAGUUUCAGGUCGAGAGAUGAGGAUGAGGAGAGUGACAGGAAGUAG